AUGACCACUCCAGCUACCGAUAUCAAGUUCAAGCUCAACGACGGCCACUCGAUCCCUGCGUUGGGACUCGGCACGGUGCCCUCUAAAGACCCCUCUCACACAAAAGAGGAGGUCAUUACUGCUGUCAAAGCCGGGUUUCGCCACAUCGACACCGCCUGGUACUACGGCACUGAGCCUUAUGUGGGAGAAGCCCUCCAAGAGCUUUUCAAGGAAGGCGUGAUCAAGAGAGAAGAUAUUUUUGUCACGACCAAAGUGUGGCCUUCGUUCUGGCACAGCCCCGAGAAGUCGUUGGAUCUUUCGUUGCAGAAAUUGCAGCUUGACUAUGUGGAUUUGUUCUUGCAGCACUGGCCCAUUGCCUUGCACGGCGACGAAAACGGGUUGCCGGCAGAGCCCAGAGACGAAAACGGCAACUUGAAGUACGACGAUGAUCCGGUGAAAGGAACAAAGUUCAUCGAUGUGUACAAGGAGAUGGAGAGAAUCAAGAAUACCACCAGCAAAGUGCGCUCCAUUGGCGUUUCCAACUACAACAUCGAGCGGUUGCAGUGGCUCCUAAAGGAGGUCCAGACGGUGCCUGUGCUCAAUCAGAUCGAGUUGCACCCUCAGUUGCCCCAGCAGGAUCUUGUGGAGUGGUGUGAGAAACACAAGAUCUUGAUUGAAGCUUACUCGCCCGUGGGAGCCGAGGGAGCGCCCGUGUUGAAGCUUCCGUUGAUCCAGAAGCUUGCAGAGAAGUACGACGUGACCACCAACGAGAUUGCUGACGCCUACCACAUUUUGGAGGGUAGAAUCACGUUGCCUAGAACGUCCAACUUGGACAGAAUCAAGAAGCUCACGAGAUUGCCCCAGUUGACCAAGGAGGAGUUGAAGGAGCUUCACGAGAUUGGCGAGAAGAGCCCAAAGAGAUACAGAAACGACCAGUGGGGCCACGGGCUUGGGUUUAAAUACUGGGAAGGCGACAGGUUUCCUCCCAACGCCUGA